AUGAUGAGCUACGUACUGGACAGAACACAACCAUAGAUGAGAUUUGCAAACUUCCCAGCAUUCCAUUGUUGGACUCUAUUUUGGCACUGCCAAUUCUCAUCCCAAUCCCUCUAAUUGUCGAAAGAGCAAUACAUGAAUAUGGUUUCAUCUUUCGAUUCAUCUGCAUACACCAAUGUGCUUCAAAAUUGCAUAAAGAACAGGGAUUUCAUUGUUGGAAAGGCACUCCAUUGCAAUAUUUUAAAGAGAGAAGGAUGCUUAGACCUACUUUGCCAGAACAUUUUGCUCAAUUUAUAUGUUAAGUCUGAGUUAUUACAUGAUGCAGUUCAGCUGUUCGAUGAAAUGUCUACUAAAAAUGUGGUUUCAUUUGUAACAUUACCAGGACAUUUGCAGGCAGAGGAGUAUAUUACAGCUGUUGAAUUGUUUGUUAGAUUGCAUAGAGAAGGUCAUGAGCUGAACCCAUUUGUAUUCACAACAAUCUUGAAAGCGCUUGUGGGUAUGGAUGAAGCGGAGAUGGAUUGGAGCAUUCAUGCGUAUAUUUAUAAGCUUGGAUUUGACUCUAUUCCUUUUGUCGGCACUUCCCUUGUUGAUGCUUACUCUGUUUCUGGACUUGUUGAUUUUUGCAGGGACGUCUUUGAUGGCAUUAUUGACAAGGACAUGGUUUCUUGGACAGGGAUGGUUACUUUCUAUGCACAAAAUGAUUACUUUCAAGAAGCUUUGGGAUACUUCUUGUUAGUGAUCCUUGUUAUUGGAACUGCUGACAGUGAGAUGAAUGGUAAAUUCAGUGUAAGGUAUAUUUGUGUGCUAUCAUCAAAAGGGGGGAAAUGUUAUAUUCUAGGUGUUUUAAUGAUCCUCAAAAAUGCGGGGACCUGGUCCCUGGCAAAGUGCUCUCGUCUAGAUACAAAUGGGGGACCUGGUCCCAAGCAGAGUUUCCUCCAUCAGAGGUUGGUGAGGCGUCAGCGUGCUACACCAAUCAAAAUGGAGGAGGGUGUUUGUCUAAAAGUGAAUAUGUAUGCAAAACGUGGGAGUAUUAAGGAUGCUCGGUUGGUGUUUGAAAUGAUGAUUGAGCAUGAUGUUGUAACAUGGAAUGCUACGGUUUCAGCAUAUUCCGUACAUGGUCUUGGGAACGAAUCUCUCAGUAUCUUUGAGAGAAUGCGUAGAAUGCAUGUCAAACAUAAUCAAUUAACAUUUCUUAGUGUCCUUUCAGCAUGUAGCAAUUCAGGAUCUUUCUAUCGAGGAUAUGCCGAUCUCUCUUUGAUACUGGAUGAUUAUGGUAUUGAUGUCGAGAAUUAUACAUGCAUGGUAUCACUUUUGGGGCGGUUAGGUCACCUUGAUAAGGCUCAUAAACGGAUCGAAGACAUCCCAGUUGAGCGAAGUGUCAUGGUAUGGUGUGCUUUGCUUGGUGCAUGUGUUCUUCAUAAUGAAGUUGAUCUUGGGAAAACAGUUGCUCAGCGUGUGCUUGAAUUGGAAUCACAAGAUGAAACGAUAGUGUUGUUAUCAAAUAUGUAUGCCACUUCAAAAAGGUGGAAUAAUGUAGCUUUUGGUAUUUUCAAUCAAACUACUUGUGUCUACACCCCUCAACAAAACGGAGUUGUUGAGAGGAAACACAAGCUUUUGUUGGAGACUUGUCGAGCACUUUUAUAUCAAUAUAAUUUGCCUAUUUCUUUUUGGGGUGAGUAUCUAUUGACUGCAACUUUUCUUAUUAAUAGAUUUCCUUCCAAGAUUCUUCAACACAAGAGCCCUUAUGAGAUUUUGUUUGGUACUCCACCUUCCUAUGAGAAUCUAAGAUCUUUCGAUUGUGUUGCCUAUGCUUGCACUCUACCUAUUCACAGAUCCAAAUUAGAUCCUAGGUCUAUUUCAUGUAUUUUUAUUGGAUAUCCAGCUGGAAAGAAAGAUUUCAAGCUCCUAAACCUCAAAUCAAUGCAAAUGUUUGUUUCUAGAAAUGUUAAAUUUCAUGAAGCUAUCUUUCCUUUCAUUUCUCAAACUACAAAUCCUCAUUUCUUUCCUGUCAAUACUCCGUUACAUGUUUCGGAUGACUCUAUCCUUCCAGUUCCUACUCCUCCAAUUUUUCCGUUUUGUGAUACUUUCACUUUUUCUUCUUCUGAACACUCUCCCUCUCUUGCAUCUUUGGUGUCCCCCAAUCGAUCUUCUUCUCCUGUUGUUCCUGCUACCCUCAUUCCUACCAGAGCAUCUAAUAGAGCACACAAAACCCCUAGUUACCUGAAAGAUUAA